CACUUGAAAGAAUUAAUAUUAAUAGAACCAAGAAAUAACUCUUGCCCUGGAGAUGAUCUGUGCAUCCCAGUGAGAAACUGCACCGAAUUCAUGGAUUUCAUAGACGCCAACAGACCACUCAACCGACCUAUAGUUAAAUUCUUGCGAGAACAACAAUGCGGGUUCUAUAAAGGAGAACCAAAGGUGUGCUGCGGUCAUAUUCCAGAAGGUCUCAAAAUGUUAAUUUCCAUGAACAAAAACAACAUGAACAAUCUGUCUGUGAGAGAUGAAAGAUCGAUAAGAAGCGUCAGCAGAGGCCGUAGAGUUCCAGAUCGGAAAAAAGUUUAUACCGAUCACUCUUUGCCACCAGUAGACAAACUCCUUAGGUAUAGGAGAACAGGAGAAGAGGAAAACGACCAUAUAGAACUUCGCUGAAGGAAGCAACACUUUACAAAGUUGUAAGACUAAAGCUAGAAGAGGAUAAAAAUUCUCAUGUGAACAUGGCCAAAUGAAUCCGGAUACGAAAAGACACCGUGCAUGUAAAUGUCCCAUAUUUAUUUUUGUUACAUAUCUAUUGACGUGUGAAUUUCUGAAGAAACAUUGAGACUAGAGGCAGACGAAAUUUUAUUGAAAAACUUUUGACGAAUAAAUUGUUACGAAUUUU